AUGUCCUUAAAUCCACUAAACGAAUUAAAACGGAGAUUAGAAGAUGACAGUACUCCAUUACCGAAAAGGCUCCGUCUUGCUAAAAAUGUAAUACAUUCUGCUUAUUUUCCUGCUGCACCUAAGGAAAGGCUUGUUGCAGAAUGGUUAGAGAGCAUUACAGAGAGAAAUGGUCUUUGUAGUAAAGAUAUAAAGGACAUAAUUAGUUGGCUACAGUUUGCUGAUGAUUUGACUAGUGAUCUAAAAUGCAGACUAAUUAAGGUUGUAUCACAGUACCUGCACAGUAAUCCUUUAAACAAUGAUGACAUACAAUACCUCAUGUUGUUUCUUGAAAAUGAGAAGUUAUUAACAUGUUUAAGACAUCAAAUUGAUGAUUAUCUAUUUAUAACAACCACAUUACUUCAAAAUCUAAGAAAUGAUGAAACAGGAAAAAAUAUUUUCUGUCAGAAAUUACUACAUAAUUUAAUACAGUAUUACAGAGAAUGCAAAAAGAAAUUAGAAUUUAUUGUGAAAUUGUUAGAUGGAGAAAAUCUGGAAACACUUUUUAGUUAUUUAGAUUCAGAAUAUAGAAGUACAGUUUUAAAUGUCUGUCAAAAUAUUCUGUUUCCUAUCUCAAAGAAAGCAUUCUUUGCGAGCUUCCUUCAAAAUUUGAUACGAAAAGACAACAUAGACGAACUAACUGCUGAGAAAGGGGACAAUAUACAAUCAGUUAUAAAAAUAUUGAGUGUAUUUUUCAUGUUUCCAAAAGGAAGAACCGGAAAGGAUCAAAAAUUCCUAACAGAUUUUGUUGAUGUGUUUGUAACUUGUUUCCGUACUGAAAGUCCAAUUAUUUUCGCGUUUUAUAUUAUGGCUGUAAAUUCUUUAAAUAUGGUUCAAAACUAUUUAAAUCCCGCCAUGAAAAUGCCUCCGAUAACUUUUGAAGUAAAUGACGAAAAGAUUAAAAGGAACAUAUUUUUAAAAAUGUUGAACAGUUUGCUAGAAAACGAAAUUGAUAUUAGUGUCAAAUUAACAGAUACGUUAGGUGAAAAGAUAACAAGAGUAGAGAUAAAAAAGAAUUUCUUGACAUUCCUCCAAGCAACAAUGAUGAGCUUAUUGAAAUUAGAGGGCAAGCCGGAUAAAACAACAAUACAAAUUAUAAAAGCAGCAUUAAAACUAGAUCCUUCAAUAAUUGAACAAAAAUUAGACCUUAUUCUUCCAGCAAUAAUGACCGCUAAAAAGAACAGCUCCUCUGUUUUAGAAUCAUACAUAGAAAUGUUAAAUUGUUUGAUUGAAACACUAUUCAAACUCAGCCGAGGCACAUUAUUUAUUAAUCAAAUUCUUUCUCACAUAAAAUUGAGUUUAGAAGCAUUAAACGUAGAACAGUUUGAACUAACACAAAAAUUAAAAAACAACUUAGAUAACCUAGACUCACAAGAAAAGAUAAAAAAUAAAAUCAUAACAGGAUAUGAUAUAUUUCCUGAAGAAUGUGUAGAAAUGUAUGGAAAGUGGACUUCCGAAUUGAUGUUUCGACAAAAUAAAGGCUUGCUGACAUCUUUACAAAAAGAUUUAGAAGAAAAUUGCUUGAUGAUGCUGGAAGAAGGAUUUGUCAGUCCCUCGAUAAUUAUACUAACGGAAAUGAUGUCAGCCAUUUUGUCUAGCUUCUUCAGAUACAGCAAAAUGGCGGAUCAUACAGUACCACAACCGAUUGCCGAAGAAUUCUGGUCCUCUUUCGAAUUAUUCGAAGAAGAAUGCUUAAAAAAAUUUGGUGAAUGUGUUUUAAAGCUUACCUACAAUCCACCAUUGGUUCUUUCUUUCUUAAAACUUUGCUUAAGUUAUUCCCAACUGAAGCUGCUUAACUUAAAAUAUGGCAACACAAAGCUAAAAGAUAUGGCAAUACAAACGACAGACGUUUUUGAUUGUAGCGUUAUUCUGCCUUGCUUAAAAAGCGAUCAGUGGACAUCUCUAGCUCAAAUGAUACAAGACGAUGAAGCCAUGUUAGUUUGGGAUAAUCUACUCAUUAUAAAAACAAUGGCUAUAGAAUUUUUUAAUAUAAAACAUCCUGACGAAUGCCAAAUAGAAGCUGUGGUAGCGAUUAAAACACAUUUAAUUAAGAAUUUAUCAGAAAAUUACAAUGUUAUUGGCAGUGAUACUUAUUUUACUAGAGAAUUAUUUAGAAACUUAGAUGGAAGCCAAACAAAGCAGUUGGCGAAAUCCUUAGUCAAACUGUUUAUAAAUGGCGUCGUUUGUGAUACAUUUAAAAGUUACGCUGUUACUAAAAAUAGGACCUUAUUAAAUGCUCUUGUAUUGGAAAGUGCCAAAAAUAUAAUCAAAUUCUUCGCAAAUGACAACAUCCUUGCUAAAGCUAUGAAUAAAACAGAUUUUGACAUUGUAAGAUUUCUGCAAACGGUUAAUAUUAAAGAGUUUUUUAAUGGACUGACAAUAGACAGUGACACUCAGCAUGAAAAUAUUUUAAAAUACAUUGAAAUUUUAAAAGAUCUCCAAAUUCACAAUCUAGAAGAGCAAUAUCAAUUAACGGCAAUUUUCGUUUUGUUAGCUCUAAAAAAGUGUUGUCAUGCGAAAAAAAUACGUAGAAAUAUUGAUCACAUAUUACAAAUCACGUAUGAAUUGAGUCCGAAAUACCCAGAUCUGUACAAAAUUUUUCCUGUAGAUUUUAUAUUUUCGUUUGAAAAUAACGCUAUUUUAAAUCUAUUGACUUUAUCAAUAAAAAUGUCGAACAGCUUAUUGAUAGUUAAAAGUACUCUAGAGGUAGCUGUAAAGAAAGUGAAAACUGAUAGCAAAAUAGUGGAAAAUUUAAUAGAUAUUCUUUUGUCUAAGCCUUCAAUGAAUGUGUCCCAUAUAAAAUAUUUCGAUGACAACACAUUCCAACUUCAGUGCAUUAUCUUGCCUAUCAUUGCUAAAGAAAAAAGAGCAGCAGCAGCUAGUGCCUUUAGGGUUAUAUUGGCGAAUGCGCAAGAAAAAUUACAUCAAGCAUUGCUAGAAUCUUUUAUGCAUAUAGAUUUUACCAAAGUUGGCAGCUUAUGUGCCGAUGAUAAUGGCAACACUGAUGACAGUAUAGUGUCAGAAAGGAGUAUGGCAACAUUGAACGCUAUCGGCGCAUACUCAUUGACGUUGUUGAAGUAUUGCGAAAUGACUGAUACAGAGGCAAUAAAAAAACUGGAUUGCUUGUGGUCAGGAUUGGAAUUUUUUGUUCAGAAUGCUAUUAAAACAGUGGAGAAUCCAAAAGCGAAAAACCACCAUAUAGACUCGUCUAUACAACUCCUAAACAUCAUUCUGAGAUACAUCAAGAAACUGGAAUCUCAUAAAAUAUUUAAAGACAAAGAUGCGCUUUUUAAACAAAUCUGGCAAAGUAUAAAAGCAAGGUUGCUCAUGAAUUUUGACAAAAAUAAUAAAAAAAGUAUCAACAGCAAUAUUUUGGAGGGUAUUUCGGUAACAUUGAAAUUCUUAGCCGAAUUGUCCUCCGUGGAUUGUUUCGUGUCGCAUUUUGUUUCGGAUAUAAUCAGCUUGGCCGUUUUAAAGAAACCAUCCAUAAUCUUGAAGAAUGAAGACAUAACCAACUCCCAACUGACAUCACAUUACACAUCUAAGUAUUUUCUCCAACAUUGCCUUAAAGCAAAUAUUGUAGGCCCCAAGUGUAUUGGCCUAACAAAGCAAAUCUUUCGUACAUGUAAAAACGCCAAAUUCUGGAUCCAUCAGCAUUAUGAUAAUAACCAGGAAUUGGAAAGGGAUAAAAAGGAUUUAGAGACGAAUAAAGUAGAACAAAAUGAAGAUAUAAGUGACACUACGUUGCGUGUAGUGAAGGUAGACGACGCGAUUUGCGAACUGCUGAGGAUCGAUCUGGAUAUGCUUUCGGAAGUUGUUUUGGCAGCAAAAAAGAUGGCUUUGGACUAUAGAUUCCUCGAUGCAAUCUUCGAGCUUCUACAUAUGGUACAAUACAUUUUGGGCUGUAACACGAUAUCUACAAAGUGUGAAAUCAGUUGGAAAUCGUUCUUUGGAUUGUAUGAAGGCUGUAUGGCUGUAUUAAAUAACUUAUUAAUGUCACGAGAGGAACUAUUGGAAGAUAGGUGGCCCUGUUAUAUGCAAUGCUAUAAAACGCUCAUCUUGUGCUUAUGCGAACGAGCUAUGUCCUUCGACCAAAUAGAUCGAAGCAUAGAACAGAAGCUAGCAGAAACAGCACAUUCUAUUGAAAAGUUAACCCAAUCAAUAUGCAAAAGAAAAGCCCACGUGUCCAGAAUUGCAGCCUACGCUGUUGCAGACAUUUGCACAUGGAUCGAAAAAACAGCGCCACCGAAAUUGGUGCGGCAACAUCUAGAAAACUCAAUUUCCUUAUUGAUACAGUCAUCAGACUCGACUUAUGCUAUGGCUUUCCUCAGGAGAGCAUUAGCUGGCUCUAUUGGACAGACCACAAUGACUAAUAUGUAUUUGAUGUAUAAGAGAUACCAUAAAUAUGUUGGGAAUUCUUAA